UGCUCACCUUGUCCGCUUCUUCGUCUGCUCACCCGGCCACCGUUGGGUUUUACGCCCUCUUGCCCCAUCUGGCCCACCGGCACUUCGCCCUGCCUGUCUCUCUCUCGGUCCCCUCCUCCUCCGCAGCUCCUGCUCCUCUCUUUUCCUGCCUCUCCAGUCGCUCUCUCUGUGCCUGGUAUAAGUCGUUUUUUUGCAUAUUUUUCCCCUAGACUUCCCUUCUCGAUCUUCCAUUUUCGUCUGACGCAACGAUUCAGAAGCUGCCGCGCUGCAGUUUUUUGAACAUUGACCGGAAUUUAACUGCCUUGGCUCCGAAAAAUCCGCUAUUCACGGUUGAGCUCAACACCCGCAAAACGACGCCCUCGGAGAUGGAGAAAAUCGAUUUGGAGGGGAUAAGCGCUCGCUGGACGUAAAAGGCGUUCAACGAUUCCAGAAUCUGACCAUGGGCGUUCUUGACACUUGGCCGUCCUUUUUUUUUUAAACGCGGAGGGAGGCUGAAAGCCGCCCGAAAGAAUUUAUAUUAAAGUAAGACUGGGACAAAGGUACAUAUUCAAACUGGAAUUCCCGUAAUUUAAUUCGAUUUGAUUUCCCUAGCUAGUCUCACCUUUUACCGGUUUAAAAUCGGGGCGGUGGAAAAGCGCGCGUGAGAUACCAAAAAGCCGAUCCACGCAGAGCAUCCAACCACAACUCCUCCCUCCCUCCUUUCUCGCUUUCUCGAUGCGAGCGGAGAGGUGGGCGAAACAAAAACCAAACCGAGAGAGCGUCAGCAGUGAGCCCAGGCCAGCAGGGCACGACAAGCCCAAACCUUUUAUAGCAGUAUAAUUCGAUUCAGAGAGAGAGAGUGAUCGGAGAGAGCAAGGAGGCGAUGGACGGGGACACCAUCCGGCGAGCCCUGGCGGCCUCGGGCCCCUACAUCCUCUGCUGCGUCGUCCUCUUGGUUCUCUUGGAGCAGCUCUCCUACCUCCGGAAGAAGGGGACCCUCCCCGGACCCCACCUCAUCGUCCCCUUCCUCGGCAGCGCCGUCCCCAUGAUCCGCCACCCCACCCGCUUCUGGGAGCGCCAGGCCGCCCUCGCCAAGUCCUCCGGCCUCGGCUUAUCCGCCGAUUACCUCGUCGGCCGCUUCAUCCUCUUCAUCCGCUCCACGGAGCUCUCCCACAAGGUCUUCGCCAACGUCCGUUCCGACGCCUUCCACCUGAUCGGUCACCCCUUCGGCAAGAAGCUCUUUGGCGAGCACAACCUCAUCUACAUGUUCGACCAGCAGCACAAGGAUCUCCGCCGCCGCAUCGCCCCCAACUUCACCCCCCGCGCCCUCUCCACCUACCUCGACAUCCAGCAGCGCGUUAUCCUCUCCCACCUCCGCCGCUGGCUCGACCUCUCCUCCCCCUCCAAGCCCCUCCGCCUCCGCCUCCUCUGCCGCGAUCUCAACCUCGAGACCUCCCAGACCGUCUUCGUGGGCCCCUACCUCACCCCCGCCGCCCGCGAACUGUUCAACCGCGACUACAAUCUCUUCAAUGUCGGUCUCAUGGCCAUCCCCUUCGACUUUCCCGGCUUCGCCUUCCGUCGCGCGCGCCUAGCCGUCGCCCGCCUCAUCCAGACCCUCUCCGGCUGCGUCUCCCAGAGCAAAGAUCGGAUGCGCGCUGGCGAGGAGCCCUCCUGCCUCGUCGAUUUCUGGAUGCAGGACAGCCUCCGGGAGAUCGCCGAGGCAGCGGACUCCGGCGCGCCCCCGCCACCGGAGACCAGCGACCUCGAGAUUGGCGGCCACCUGUUCGACUUCCUCUUCGCCGCCCAGGACGCAUCGACCUCGUCGCUGUUGUGGGCGGUGGCGCUGCUGGAGUCCCACCCGGAGGUGCUCGAGAAGGUCCGGGCGGAUGUGGCGGCGGUGUGGUCGCCGGAGUCUGGGAAUCCCAUCGGCGCCGAGCAGCUCCGAGAGAUGCGGUACACGGAGGCAGUGGCGCGGGAGGUGGUGCGGUUCCGUCCACCGGCGACGAUGGUGCCGCACAUCACCGGGGAGCCGUUCCCGCUGACUGAAUGGUAUACAAUCCCCAAGGGGGCGAUCGUGUUUCCGUCGGCGUACGAGUCGUCGUUCCAGGGGUUCACCGAGCCGGACCGCUUCGACCCGGAUCGGUUCUCGAAGGAGCGGCAGGAGGACCGGAUCUGCAAGCGCAACUUUUUGGCCUUCGGUGCCGGCCCCCACCAGUGCGUGGGCCAGCGCUACGCCAUCAACCACCUCGUCCUCUUCAUCGCCAUGUUCGUCUCGCUGAUCGACUUCGAGCGCCACCGGACGGACGGCUGCGAUGACAUCGCCUACGUUCCCACCAUAGUCCCCAACGAUGAGUGUCAGGUGUACCUCUCCCAACGCUGCACCUGCUUCCCCUCCUUCUGACGUGAGCUGUUCUCCUCGCUGGCUAGAUUGGAUUUCCUUCGUCUCUUUCUCCGUCGCUCUGAGUUCUCUCUCUCACAGUGUGUGUGAUGGUGGGUUGUCUUGGUGGUCGAUUUAUUUAUUUCUUUAAGACCCUCCCUGGUCUGUUGUUUGCUGGUAACGAAGGACGCCUGUGCAACGGUACUGUAGCUGAGCUGUCCGUAAAAGUUCCAAAGGGAAUCAGUUUGAUCCAGAUAACAAACAAGUUGAUAUUAGUGGAGGGGGAGGUGCAUGUUGAUUGUGGUUUUCUUUGUCUUGAUCAAUUGUUUAUUCGACCUCUAUUUUCUGUGACUAGUACUAGGUUCUUUUCUUUUUCUAAAUUUGAAUGCGUGAUUAAAAAAGGAAAGCUGAUUGGACCGUAGAGAUUUAGACCCACAUCA